GCUGAAAUAUGAGUCACUCGGAAAAACGUUGCACGGGAGAAUUUUUCAAAUCGAGAAGAGGCGCUCUCUCACGAGCGAGUGCGGAGGAGUUUAAACCAACAACAGAGACGAUGCAGAGACCCGGGAAAGGUAAGAAUCCUCGGAGGCCUGGCCCCAAAAAGGCAUCCAGCAUAGAGAAAGAUCCUGUUGGAGUGUACUGCCGUAUACGUCCGCUGGGAGCAGAAGAUGAGGAAUGUUGUGUUGAGAUGAUCAGCAGCUCCACUAUUCAGCUCCACGCUCCUGAUGGCCUUAAAGCCAACCGCAAUGGGGAAUACAAAGAGACACAGUACUCAUUUAAAAAGGUGUUUGGUAUUCAAACCACUCAAAUGGAGCUGUUUGAGGAUGUUGCCAGGCCGCUGGUAGAGGACCUUGUUCACUGUAAAAAUGGUCUGCUAUUUACAUAUGGUGUCACUGGGAGUGGUAAGACCUUCACCAUGACCGGCUCACCUGGAGAAGGUGGACUCCUCCCCCGUUCUCUAGACAUGCUCUUCAACAGCAUCGGCCCUUUUCAGGCCAAAAGAUUUGUGUUUAAACCAGACGACAAAAAUGGGAUGGAGAUCCAGAAUCAGGUCGAUGCUCUCCUGGAGAGACAGAAGCGAGACAGUCAACAGUCAGUGCCCAAAACGCCGUCUUCCAGGCAGAAGGCUGACCCAGAGUUUGCAGAUAUGAUCAGCUCAGAGGAGGCGUGUAAAUCUGAGAAUGUGGACGAGGACUGUUGUUACAGCGUGUUUGUGUCCUACAUCGAGGUCUACAACAACUAUAUCUACGAUCUUCUCGAAGAUGCUCCGAUUGACCCAAUCAGACCAAAACCACCUCAGUCCAAGAUUCUCCGUGAGGAUCAGAAUCAUAACAUGUAUGUGGCUGGCUGCACAGAAGUCGAGGUCAAAUCUACAGAAGAGGCCUUUGAAGUCUUUUGGAAGGGACAAAAGAAAAGGAGGAUAGCCAACACUCAACUCAACCGUGAAUCCAGUCGCUCCCACAGCGUGUUCACAGUGAAGCUGGCCCAGGCACCACUUGAUGCCGAUGGCGAUCACAUUCUGCAGGACAAAAACCAGGUGAAUGUGAGCCAGCUGUGUCUGGUGGACUUAGCAGGCAGUGAACGCACCAGCAGAACCCGAGCGGAGGGAAGCCGUCUCCGUGAAGCAGGAAACAUUAACCAGUCGCUGAUGACACUGCGCACUUGUAUGGAAGUCCUGCGUGAAAACCAGAUGUGUGGAACUAACAAGAUGGUGCCAUACAGAGACUCUAAAGUUACACAUCUGUUCAAAAAUUACUUUGAUGGAGAAGGCAAAGUCAGGAUGAUUGUGUGUGUCAACCCAAAGGCUGAUGAUUAUGACGAAACUAUGCUGGUAAUGCGCUUUGCAGAGAUGACCCAGGAGGUCGAGGUGGCACGGCCGGUUGACCGGCCAAUCUGUGGCCUCGCUGCAGGACGCAGACACAGAAACCAGGCCUUCAGAGACGACCUGUCGCGACGCUUGGAAGAGCGAGGAGGUCCCAGUAAUGCCGACGACCCAGCUCUGCUGAAUCAGCUCAUUGAAAGCCUUCCAGCCAUGCCGCCUUGUGAGCUGGUGGAUCCAGCUGAUGAUCAGACGUUGCCCCGUCUGAUUGAGGUGCUGCAAAGAAGGCAUUGCAUUCGUCAGUUGAUGACAGAGCAGUACAACAAAACCGCCAAUACACUGGCGUCCAUGCUUCAGCAGUUUGACGGUCAGCUCAAUGCAAAGGAGACCUUCCUCCAUGAUCAACGAAACAGACUGAGUGAGAAAGACAAAGUCAUCGUCAACCAGAGAUUGGAGAUUGAGCGAUUAGAGAAAAAAUCCAAAACGCUGGAAUACAAGAUCGAUAUCCUGCAGAAGACAACAGACAUGUACGAGCACGACAAACGCUCACUUCAGCAGGCGCUGGAGACACGGGAGCAAAAGCUACAGAGGGAGCUGUCGGAGAGGAGGCGCAUGGAGCAGCGCAUGCAUGGCAUGGUGUCAGACACCAAACUCAAGUGGGAGAAGGAGUGUGAGAGGCGAGUGAACGCCAAGCAGCUGGAGAUGCAGAACAAGCUGUGGGUGAAGGAUGAAAAGCUGAAGCAGCUCAAAGCCAUAGUGACAGAGAGCAGCGGUGGUGGCGGUCCCACUGAGCGUCCAGAGAAGCCCGACAGGCCUUCACGAGAGAGAGAUCGCAACCUGGCCCAGAAGAGGUCUGCCUCACCAUCACCACUUCCUGACUUCAACCAAACUCCUUCCCAUCAAAAUCGAGCCAAUGUUAGGGCAGCUCAGGACGCUUACCCCACCCCCACCUCCUCCUCUUCCUCGUCCUCUUCAGCCUAUCCUUCCGUAGCCUCCUGCAUCUCCAAUUGGGAGCAGAGGCUCCCUUUAGACUCAAGCAGCCAGUCUAGGCACCCUUGGACUCCGCAGUACAGGAGCCGGACUCCCGCCGCAUGCCACGGCAGCAGCAGUGUGGGUCGCAGGAGAGGCCAGCGCUGGGCCACAGACACUGAGGCCACUGCCACGACACUUGUCUAUGGGCUAGACCUAGAGGCAGGCUCAAGGACGGCUCCUCCGGUUCGUCCGAUGCACAGGCGCUCACAAUCUGCUGGUGGGGAGAAAUGGGUAGACCACAAACCAACCUCUAAUUUGGACCUAGACACUGUCAUGCAGCCAAUCAUACCCAAUGCAAUCAAGGUGUCGACCCCGAACGAGAAAGCUCUGUCUAAAUGCGACAAGUAUGUGCUUAGACAUCAAGAGCUUGCCUCCGAUGGGGAGAUCGAGACCAAAUUGAUCAAGGGCAACGUUUUUAAGACCAGAGGCGGCGGACAAGCUGUGCAGUUUACUGAUAUUGAGACGUUAAAACAAGAGUGCCCAACAGCACCAAGUCGCAAGAGGCGAUCAGGGUCUGGAGAAGGAUCAGUUCAAACGGAGGACAUUGAAAACAGGCCUCCAGUAGCAAGCACAAGUACAAGUUACGGAUAUCAAAAGCGCAGAAAGCCUUAAGUUGCUGUACAUAUGAAGAUUCUGCCUGACUAUCCGAACAAUGAAGGGACUGCCGUGUCAAACUAUGCAUCUUUUUGAGAGUCAGAGCAUUUUUCUAUUAUAUCUGACACAGUGUUAGGGUCCAGUUAUAAUUUAAUCAUAGCCAAAAUGACAUUGUUUAAACAAUGUAGAAUAAAGAAGAAUGUAGAAUUUGCUUGUAUUUGCUGGAUUAGUGUGCUCUUUCCUUUUUUUUUUAAUGCUGGAAUUAUUACUUCUUAAAGAUAUGGACAUAUUAAAUAGCCCGAUAUGAAUAUUCAGUGUAAAAUGUAAUGUUUAAAUACUUCUUUUUUUGUUGCUGCCUUUCAUCGCUACCCAAAGAUUAGUAUAUUUGAGCUUUAGAACAAAAUAUUUUCUUUUCUUUUUUUGUACCUUGUAGUGUCAUUGCUGACUUUUUUUAAGGGCUAUACAUUUAUUUGAUGUUAAACUGAGCACAUGGCUGAUUACAAAAAAUCUUAUAGAACACUGCUGUUUUAGGAUUACAAUGUAUCGGGCUUCAACUGUAAAUAUAGAGCUGUUAGGUAGGUUUCCUUAAACCAAUCUCUGACUAACUGUAAAUAACUUUUUUUUUUUUUUUUUUCCUCUGUUUACUGAAACAAUUCCCAAGAUGUGUAGCACACUAUUCUUUUUGGUGGCAUUAAAUUUAUU